UGCCUUGCCAAUACCUUAGUCUUGUCCUAAAUCCUCUUGCGACCCUUUUAUCUGUCGGUGUUCGGACCGUUCUGCCGAUCUGAUCUCUGUGCAUCGGCAGCACCACUACUGCAAGCAUGCGCCACAUAAUUUCCUUACAUCACGUGCUCGUGGCGGUGUGGCACAUAACAUAUGCUUACGUGAUUGCUUACGUGAUUUGGCUUUAUCUUUCCUCUCCUUUCCUCCUUCUCGCUAAUGCCGGCCCGAUAUGUGUCCUCGACACUUCCGCGAGACAGCACAGCCAAUCGCAACGAUCUAAAACGUCAGGACAGUGUCGGGGUCUGCGGCAGUGGACAGGGCGAGCAAAAACGGCCACUGGGAGCAGCCGAAUGCUACGAGGUCAAAAAAUUUUUUUCAGCCCGGCAGCGGCGCGCGAGGGAACCUGUUCCCCUUUUCGUGCAGGCCAGUCACUCUUCCUCCUCGGGCUGUUGACGACGGCGACCUUGUCCGUUUCCUCUCAGCUCCAGGCUGUCCGCUAGACUGGGCCUGAGAGGUGUUUGGUUUUGCGAGUUCUUUCUUCUCUGCCUGUAUUUUUU